AAACUUGUCUUCUUCUUCCUCUCCCUUGAAACUAGCUAGCUACUGAUCCAUCUUCACUUUUGUCAUAGUUAGCUACAAACCUGUCCGGCCAUAUAUCUCUCUCUAUAUAUCUUCAUACUCCCCAGAUCAGAUCCAUCUUAGCUUCUUUAGGUCUGUUCUAUCUAUCCAUGAACGCCAUGGAGAAUAAUGAUAAAAAUAAUAAUAAUGGCACCAAGAAGUUUAUCACCACGGAGGAGCUGAAAAAGCACGACAAACCCGGGGAUCUAUGGGUGUCGAUUCACGGCAAGGUGUACGAUGUUUCCGAUUGGGUGUAUCGCCAUCCCGGCGGCGAGUAUCCUCUGUUGAGCCUCGCCGGGCAGGAUGUGACGGAUGCGUUCCUGGCUUACCACCCCGCCAUCGCCGCCCACCAUCUGCAGAGAUUCUUUAAUGGAUACUACGUCUCCGACCACCAGGUGUCGGAGGUGUCGAAGGAUUAUAGGAUGCUGGUGUCGGAGUUUUCCAGGAUGGGGCUGUUCGAGAAAAAGGGGCAUUUGGUGUCGUACUACGCCGCCGCGCUGUCGGCGAUGUUUCUGGUGAGCUUAUACGGGGUGGUUUUUAUGGAGAGCGUGUGGGCCCAUAUGGGGUCGGCGGUGUUGGUCGGAUUUUUAUGGAUCCAGGCCGGGUGGGUGGGACAUGAUUCUGGUCAUUACGAUGUUAUGAAAACUAAAAAACUCAGCCGGGCAGCGCAGCUUCUCGCCGGAAACUGCCUCACCGGAGUGAGUAUUUGGUGGUGGAGAUGGAACCAUAACGCCCACCAUAUUGCAUGCAACGUGGUGGAUUACGAUCCCGACGUUCAACUCCUCCCUAUUUUCGCUUUCUCCAAUAAACUUUUCCGGUCAUCUCUAAUCUCCCAUUUCUACGAGAAACCCAUGUCGUUUAACUCCCUCGCCAGAUUCCUCGUAAGCUAUCAACACUGGACAUUCUACCCAGUCAUGCUCUUAAUCGCGAGAAUCAACAUGUUUAUUCAAUCCUGGAAAACUGUCUUAUUCAAGAAAAAAAUCUUCGCGAAUCGUGCACAGGAGAUUCUGGGAUUAAUCAUCUUCUGGGUUUGGUACCCGUUUCUUCUCUCCAGUUUACCCAACCAUUCGGAGAGAAUAAUGUUUGUGGUUCUUAGUUUAAUGAUGACGGGGGUGCAGCAAAUCCAGUUCAGUUUAAACCAUCUCGCCUCCAGCUUCUUCGCCGGGCCGCUCACCGGAAAAGACUGGGUGGAGAAGCAGAUCGACGGGACUCUCGACAUCGAUUGCUCGCCGUGGAUGGAUUGGUUCCACGGCGGAUUACAGUUCCAGAUCGAACACCACCUGUUCCCGAGAAUGCCGAGGUGCCAGCUGAGGAAAGUGUCGCCGUUUGUUAAACAGCUCUGCGAGAAACACGGAAUAGCGUACAACCAUGCAUCUUUCUGGGCAGCCAAUGCUUUGAUGUUCAAAUCCAUCCGAGAUGCGGCGCUCAUGGCCAGGGAUUUAUCGCCGGAGAAAGCGCCCAAGAACUUGGUCUGGGAAGCGUUAAACAGUUUCGGUUAACGCCGUCAUCCGCCGUCGCCGGCGGAGAUCCGUUAACCCGACGUUUUAUUUUAUUUUAUUUAUUGUAUUUUGUUCUGCACACUGUUCCAUGCAUAUCUGCAAAAGAUCAGAUCGUAGUAAUAUUUGAAUAACCAAAUAUCGAUGCAUUAAAAUUUGUGUAAAACCCUAAAUAAUAAAAGUAUCAAUUCUAUUGUUUAA